AGACAGCGCACAAGCGACAGACAGCGCAGGACCUACCGAAACAGGAAGAGCCAGGCGCCAUAACAGACGGCCCGAGCCAGGCCCACUUAAAGGGCCAGAACUUCUCGUGUCCCGCCCCCCGUCUCAAGGCCAUCAAUUAGAGAGCGAGACGCUCCGUGACGCCAUCUUAUCGCGACUAAGCGGAGUGGCGGCGGCAUUUCCUGGUGUCUGAGCCCGGCGCGGAGGCUAUGGGCAGCCAGGAGGUGCUGGGCCAGGCGGCCCGGCUGGCCUCCUCCGGUCUCCUCCUGCAGGUGUUGUUUCGGUUGAUCACCUUUGUCUUGAAUGCAUUUAUUCUUCGCUUCCUGUCAAAGGAAAUCGUUGGCGUAGUAAAUGUAAGAUUAACGCUGCUUUACUCAACCACCCUCUUCCUGGCCAGAGAGGCCUUCCGCAGAGCAUGUCUCAGUGGGGGCACCCAGCGAGAUUGGAGCCAGACGCUCAACCUGCUGUGGCUAACAGUCCCCCUGGGUGUGUUUUGGUCCUUAUUCCUGGGCUGGAUCUGGUUGCAGCUGCUUGAAGUGCCUGAUCCUAAUGUUGUCCCUCACUAUGCAACUGGAGUGGUGCUGUUUGGUCUCUCGGCAGUGGUGGAGCUUCUAGGAGAGCCCUUUUGGGUCUUGGCACAAGCACAUAUGUUUGUGAAGCUCAAGGUGAUUGCUGAGAGCCUGUCGGUAAUUCUUAAGAGCAUUCUGACAGCUUUUCUCGUGCUGUGGUUGCCUCACUGGGGAUUAUACAUUUUCUCUUUGGCCCAGCUUUUCUAUACCACAGUUCUGGUGCUCUGCUAUGUUAUUUAUUUCACAAAGUUACUGGAUUCCCCAGAAUCAACCAAGCUUCAAACUCUUCCUGUCUCCAGAAUAAGAGAUCUGUUACCUAAUAUUACAAGAAAUAGAGCAUUUAUAAACUGGAAAGAGGCUAAACUGACUUGGAGUUUUUUCAAACAGUCUUUCUUGAAACAGAUUUUGACAGAAGGCGAGCGAUAUGUGAUGACAUUUUUGAAUGUAUUGAAUUUUGGUGAUCAGGGUGUGUAUGAUAUAGUGAAUAAUCUUGGCUCCCUUGUGGCCAGAUUAAUUUUCCAGCCCAUAGAGGAAAGUUUUUAUAUAUUUUUUGCUAAGGUACUGGAGAGGGAAAAGGAUGCCACACUUCAGAAGCAGGAGGACGUUGCUGUGGCCGCUGCAGUCUUGGAGUCCCUGCUCAAGCUGGCCCUGCUAGCCGGCCUGACCAUCACUGUUUUUGGCUUUGCCUAUUCUCAACUGGCUCUGGAUAUCUACGGAGGGGCCAUGCUUAGCUCAGGAUAUGGUCCUGUUUUGCUGCGUUCCUACUGCCUCUAUGUUCUCCUGCUUGCCAUCAAUGGAGUGACAGAGUGUUUCACAUUUGCUGCCAUGAGCAAAGAGGAGGUCGACAGGUACAAUUUUGUGAUGCUGGCCCUGUCCUCCUCAUUCCUGGUGUUAUCCUAUCUCUUGACCCGUUGGUGUGGCAGCGUGGGCUUCAUCUUGGCCAACUGCUUUAACAUGGGCAUUCGGAUCACACAGAGCCUUUGCUUCAUCCACCGCUACUACCGAAGGAGCCUCCACAGGCCCCUUGCUGGCCUGCACCUAUCGCCGGUCCUGCUCGGGACAUUUGCCCUCAGCGGUGGGGUUACUGCUGUUUCAGAGGUACUCCUCUGCUGUGAGCAGGGCUGGCCAGCCAGACUGGCACACACUGCUGUGGGGGCCUUCUGUCUGGGAGCAACUCUUGGGACAGCAUUCCUCACAGAGACCAAGCUGAUCCAUUUCCUCAGGACUCAGUUAGGUGUGCCCAGACGCACUGACAAAAUGACGUGACUUCAGGGAAGCCUGGACACCUGAGGCACCUGGACCAGCUAUGGGCAGUUCUGUGGGUGGAACACAUAUUCUGUGUAAGAGCCCCACUGAGGGCUCUGCAGCGGAGUGACAGCAACCCCAGAGGUGAGGCACCAGAGAGAGCCACUGCAUGAGACACCUGUGACCAUUCAAAGUCUGAAAUGUGGGGGAGGAGUUUCAUUUUUAAUGAAGACCAAAAAGCCCUUUAAAAAUAAUAGUUUUUUCAUCAUUUUAUAGUAAUCAGCAUUUUCUCUGUUACUAAUGUACUCAUUCCUUUUGAGUAUGAUUGGCCUUUGGAGCUACAUGCUCCAACAAACUAUAUCUUAAUUGUUAAUUGUUAAUAAUUAUCUGGCCCAGAAAAAGAGAUGCAGUGAUUUUACCCUUCA